AUGGCCAAUAUCUCUCUACGUUUUGGUUACAACCCAUGUGUCACGGGAUGCAGAUCAGUAUCAGUAUCUGCAUCCGCAUCCCAUGACACAGGCUCGACUACCAACUUUUACAAACUUCUUUCUUUAAGCUCAAGCAAAGCAGGAAGCCAAGAGAUCAAAAGAGCUUAUAGAACACUAGUUCUCAAGUAUCAUCCUGAUGUUUCUCAUGAUCACGACACUGUCAAAACGUUCAUUAUGUUGCAUGCAGCGUACAAGACACUCAUGGAUCCAGUAUCACGAGCAGAGUAUGAUUGUACACUCGGCUGUCAUGGUUGUACAUUCAAAGAUCAUGGAGGAGAGGGGAGGAGGUGGGAGGCACAGAUUGUUGAGCUCAAGAAGAGGUCGACUCAUCGUGCUGACCGUAUGGAAGGAUCUUGGGGAAGUAGGGUUAGGUAUGGUUAUAGACAAAAUAAGGGAUCUUGA